AUGCGAAACAUCCCGAUAUUCUCCGCUUCUCCUGGUUGUCUUUUCCCUCGCUCCGAAUUGGUUGGCCUCCCCCAUAGCUCAAAGUCUCACAAUCAUCGGCCUUAUCCUCACGUUGCCUCUUCUUAUAUCAAAACGACUGACUCAAAUCAUAGCGGCCUGCUUCAAUCCUCAUAUUCAUCCACUUCUUCCACGAUUGGCGAAGAUAAUGCUCUGGAUGAGUUGAUCUUCCUACUAUCGCAGGCCGAUCAGAUUCGACAGGAUCUCUUUUACGGCCGUUGCCUCGGAUUUUAUUUGGCUCCUGGGGCCCAGAAAUUGUUUCGCAUUAUCACCAGCAUUAUGGCCGGCUACGCGGAUAGUUUCAAAGUGCGUACCUCUUUUAUCUUAAUCCUAGCACUGUUUGAGCAAGGUAUUCUCUCCAACAGAACUCAGUGCUUUUGGAUUACUAAUUUCUGGCUAUCAGGAAUCUGUUCACUGUUGAUAUACCUCCACUGA